AUGUAUGUGUGGGAUAAAACUAUAGCUUCUAUGGGUCUUCAGGAGAUUGGUUCCUGCUUGUUGCGUUUCAUCAAAGAGAAAGUCAAGACUAAAAAGUUAAUUGUGUACUCAGACCAGUGCAGUGGUCAAAAUAGAAAUAUUAAAAUGGCUACUCUUUGCCAGUAUAUUGUUGCCCAUACAGAUUACACAGUAGAUAACAUAGACCAUAAGUUCUAUGUCAGUGGGCACUCAUACUUAGCAUGUGACCAAGAUUUUGGAUUAGUAGAAAAGAAGAAAAAGUUUUUCAAAAAUAUUUACUUACCUGAUCACUGGACUACUGUUAUUAAGUGGCUAAGCAUACAGUGGCUUUUGUUUAAUAAAAUGCAUCCAUUUACAUUAUUAUUUAAAUAUUCUAAUAAUGAAGAUGUUUUAUUUGAAAACGUAGAUUUAAAGAAAAGGGGCUCUACAGAUUUGACUGGUAUUAAGCUGGAUCCUUUAUACCCUGAUGGACAAUCCAUCAGUUGUGAGAAAAAAAAGGAUUUAUUAGAUCUAUUGCCUUCUAUACCUCCAGUGUAUCACAGCUUUUAUACCAGUUACUGA